AUGGCGCCGGUCUUCGGAACCUUUUCGGCGGCUCUGGCCACCAUGCAGCCUGCUCAGGAGCAGCAGGAGCAGCAGCGCCUCAAGCAGCAGGCUUUCAGCUUGCCUUCGGCUGUGGCCGCAGCGAUAAAUAGCCCCGCAGCGGGCAAGGUCGUGGCUGCUGCGCCCUCGGAGCCCGGCAAGAUCAAGAUGUACUCGCCCGAGUACUACUACACGUGCGCGAUCGGCGGUAUCGCCAGCUGCGGCCUCACGCACACCGCCGUCACGCCGCUCGACGUGGUCAAGUGCAACAUGCAGACAGACCCCGCCAAGUACAAGGGCAUCCGAUCGGGCUUCGCGGUCGUCCUCAAGGAGCAGGGCCCCGCUGGCCUCAUGCGCGGCUGGCUGCCGACGCUUCUGGGCUACUCGGCCCAGGGUGCUUUCAAGUUCGGCCUCUACGAGUACUUCAAGAAGACGUACGCCGACAAGCUGGGUGAGGACAUCAUGAAGGACUACGGCACCAUCGUGUUCCUGGCGGGUAGCGCGAGCGCCGAGUUCUUCGCGGACAUCGCCCUCUCGCCCUUUGAGGCCGUCAAGGUGGCGGUCCAGACGCGCCCUGGCUUUGCCAAGGGCCUGACGGACGGCAUGCCAAAGAUCAUUGCGCAGGACGGCUUUGGCUCGCUCUUCAAGUCCCUGGUGCCGCUGUGGGGCCGCCAGAUCCCCUACACCAUGAUGAAGUUCGGUGCGUUCGAGAACACGGUGGUGGCGCUGUACAAGCACGUCGUGCCCAAGCCGCGGGAGGAGUGCUCCAAGGGCGAGCAGCUCGGCGUGUCCUUCGCGGCCGGCUACAUUGCCGGCGUGUUCUGCGCGGCCGUGUCCCACCCUGCUGACAACCUCGUGUCCAAGCUCAACGCGCAGAAGGGCGCCACCGUCGGCGACAUCGUCAAGCAGAUGGGCUGGUUCAACCUGUUCACCCGCGGCCUGCCCCUGCGCAUCAUCAUGGUCGGCACGCUCACCGGCCUGCAGUGGGGCAUCUACGACGCAUUUAAGGUCUACUCCGGCCUCCCCACCACCGGCGGCGCCGUCAAGAAGUGA